AUGCUCUCGGGAAAAGUUCAAAUGCUUCUUCUCUUGAAAGGCUUCGUGGGUGCGCGAGCAGCGCCUUUCGCCCUUCUGAACACACAGGGGCGAGUGCUCCUCGAUGGCCACGUCGUACACCUGCCGAGGAAAGAGGCAGGGGAAGCCUCUGAGGCCGAAGACGGGCUGCGGGUCGCAGAUGAAGACGCCUUUCUCCUCGACGUCGACGCCGCCGUCGGAGAUCGCCUCUUUUCUUUCCUUCAGCGUCGCCGUCUUUCUUCGCGCGUCGAAGUGAAGGGUCUCUCCGUCGACGUGCUGCAGCUUCUUCCGCCCGCGUGUCUCUCCUUCUCUCCCCUGUCUCCCUUCGCCUUCGCCUCGCGUCUCGCCGGAGUUCAGGGAGUAGCUGCGGCACGUGAAGAGGGAAGUCCGGUCGCUGGGGAGGCCUUCGGCAGCGGCGUGAAUCUCGCGGGUGCCGGGGAGGAUUCCUCCCCUCCGGGAUACGAGGGCGUGAGCGCGGAGAGUGAGCAUCUCCUCCGUCUCUGGGCGCAUGCGAAGCGCCUGGCGGAGCACCUGACUUCCGGAACGCCUUACGGCCUCCUCAACGUCUCGGGCGACCGCCGAGAAGGCUGGUUGCUGACGAGCGUCAGCGGGAACAGAGACAGGCGAGACGAACGGCGAGAGGACGCAGUCGGAGCGGAUCGUGAGGGACAGAGCUCGCCCAUAGACGGGCGAGAGACUCCAGCGUGGGAGGCGCGGAACCGCGGCCUAGUGACGGUCGACGGCAGGUCCCCGAGGAUGGGGUUUCGGGUGUAUGUACACUCGGGGCAAGGGGAGGAGGCGCGAUGUUUCGGAGAGGAACCAGGCAGUGGACCGGCGGAUUCGAAGACCACAGCGCAGCCACCAGUCUUCUUCGUGGACGUGUGUGGUGUGACGGAGACGGAGGCAGGGAAAAACGCAGACGCCGCGUCUCUCGAAACGCGCUUGGCGGCCUCUUCGUUCCUCCACGCGUACUCUCCUUCGGUUCUGCUCGCGUCGCGAGGGCUCUCCUCGCCGCAGUUGUACGAGCUUCGACGGCGCGCGCUCGGCGUCCCCGAAGGCCCCGCGGAAGUCGGGAUCCAGCGGUACCUCCUCCAGCACUUGAACAUGGACUGGCAGGCGUACAUACACCCGCGAGUGAACAAGGGAUGCUUCCUCGGCCAGGAAGUCGUCACCCGUGCGCUGCUCCAGCUCUCCAAUCGACGGCGGCUGGCGAGUUUCGUCAUCGUCAGUCGCGCACAAGAGGCGUUCUCCUCGCCUUCUCAGGGUCGCGAGUCUCCCCGCUCUUCUCGCGCUCGCGCCGCUUCUUCGCCUUCUGUUUCCGCCUCUGAGGUUCGCCCUGCUGGUGAAGCCGGCGCGCAUGGUGUCUCGCCGCCGGCGCCCGAAACGCCGGACGCGUCCACCUUGCCUUCGCCGACUUCUCGCCGCCUUCCGGCCCUCGCGGGACCGCAGGCAGCGUUUCCCGUUUCCUCCGCUUUGCCGCUCGGCGCCUCUCGAGAGCCGCACAGCUUGCUCCCGCAGCGUCGCGUUCCGGGUCGCUGCCAGCACGACACGCCGUCGUUUACCCAUCUCUUCCCGCCUUGGUGCGAACACUUUCGGCCUUCGCGUCAUUUUCCACUGCCUCGCGACUCCCCUCCGCCUGCAGCUUCGUCGGAACCAGGCCGAGGCACCAAGGGCUCUCUUCACGGGUCGUCCGCGCCCGAGCGCCUUGCCGCGGAGAAGCGUGAGGCGGGAGACGACGAAGGUGAACUGUUUCGAGGAUUUCUUCCCGGGCUUUUUCCGCCUGGGGAACUCGAGCACUGGGCGCGCAUCCUGUGCCUCGCUGACGCGGCAGCCGUCCGGCAGCUGGAACGCCCAGACGCGGAAACGGAGGGCGUGGAGGCACGGAGAGCUGGCGAGCAGCGAGACACAGGAUGCGCGCCCACGCGUGGAGAAGACCCGGAAGGCAGAGGAGCGAAGAACGACGGGCGCUCGGAGACACUGGAAGCCGCAACGCAGCAAAAACCAAGAAAAAUCUACGUCUACACUCGGGGGUGGACGGCGCCCACGCACGCUUCUCCAAGGGAAGAGCAUCCGGAAGAAAAGGCCAAGCGACGCUCGCCAGCGGCGGCUUCGGGGUGGACAGAAGUCGGCGAGGUCGUCGUGGAACCCGCGAGAGAGAGGCACGGCGCAACUCUCGGCGUCGGAAUCUGCAUGCUGCGCGCGAGAGCGGGCGACCCGCCUCUGAAGAGUUACGAAGACUAUCUCGCGUCUCUAGGGCAGUGGAUGGCAUCUCCGUCUCCCGCCUUGAUCGCCCGAAAGCCGCCCUCUGCAUGGCCUCUGCCGCUUCUCUGCAACUUUCCCGGAUCCCCCGACCACGCGCAUGCAGUUCCAGUCGCUCAAGGCGCGCAAAACGCUCCCCGUACAGACCCUGUACCAACUCCUGAGAAGCCCAGCAGCUGCGCGGCAGCGCGGAGUGGCGACGGCGAUUUCGCGCGUUCCGCCUGCGAGGACGAGUGCGCGGGCUUCGCCCGGAACUCGCAGGCGCCCGAAGAAGCAGAACAGACCGGGGACAUCGAAUGGUGUUUUCUUGGCCCUGCAAUGUACGCCGUCGACGGAUGGUUUGAGCAGCAAGCGCCUCCCAAAGUUGUUAGCAGCGCGUAA